AUGGCGGAAUCUGAAGUAGGCAUUGCUCGCAAACAACAUGAAGUGCCCUUUGAGCAACUGCCAAAUUAUAGGCAAGUAUGGAACCAGCCUCCAGGGAGCUAUGCAGAGGGUCUCGGACGAAUGGUUAUUGUGACGCCAGAGAUAGUGGCCGAAGCAGCGCGCGAAUGCAUCAAAUCUGGGAAAAGAACAACAGUGUCUUGGAACAUGGAGCAGCUGAAUAUUGCCAACUUUAAUCGCCAGCCAACUCAGCACCACAUUAUUAGUCUGUUGGGCGGAAUCGCCUUUGACGACGUAUACAUCUUCAACCCGCAGCAGUCGUCGCAGUGGGAUGGUCUACGACACUUCUCUGCACCAUUCCCGACAGACAAUGAUCCUUCAAAGAGAUUAUACUACGGCGGAGUCGAAGCAAAAGAUAUCGGCAAUAAGUCAAACAAGCGAAUCGGUCUACAGCACUGGGCGAAAGAAGGUAUCUGUGGCCGAGGAGUGCUGUUGGACUAUAAACGAUAUGCCGACAAACACGGUAUAUCGUACUCAUGUUUCUCCGAACACAGUAUUUCCCUGUCGUUAUUGAUGGAAAUUGCGAAAGAGGCAAACAUAACGUUCAAACGCGGGGAUAUCCUUUUUAUCAGGAUGGGCCUUAUACCAGAAUGGGAAGAUACCAUGACGGCCCAACAGAAAGCAGACUAUGCUUCAACGAGCUCGCCAAAGCAUGCGGGUGUUCAGGGGACUAUGGAAAUGGUCAAAUGGCUCUGGGAUAACGGUAUAUCAGCUGUAGCCGGCGAUGCUGUGUCCUGGGAGGUCUAUCCACCACUGAAGGAGUAUGACGAUGGUGCUGGCGGAAAGAUACCGAGUGUAUUUAUGCACGAAAUUCUGCUAGCAGGCUGGGGCAUGCCGAUUGGAGAGCUAUUUGAUCUGGAAGCUCUGAGUAAGCUUUGUGAGGAGCAGAACCAAUGGUCAUUUUUUGUAUCUAGUGCGCCGUUGAAUAUGCCUGGAGGUCAACGGCUACCUAUUGACGGCGCUGAUUUGACAACAAUCUCUUACGAAGAAACUCCAGAGACACAGAUGGAAACAGAUACGAUGCUGGAUUCAGAAGUGCCAGCGCAAAAUAUGGCGAUCCUUGACAGCUCCUUUGACGCCUGGACAAACAGCCCGUCACGACCAAAUUGGACGGGGCAGCUGCUGUCGCCAUCCUCAUGCGACCCGGAGCCGUUUCUUGAUCCGCUGAUGCAGCUUCAGACAUUUGAGUUGCAGCUGGGCGAUCUGGAUUGGCUCGAUACUGACCUGGUUAAUACGCUUGCGGAUGCGGCGGCCGUGGUGGAACAGACAGCCCAGAGCAUGGCCACUCCCAGUAUGAUGCCAACCACGCAGCCUUUCUGGGCAAAUGAGCCCAGCCUGCAGACCCCUCGAAGCGAGACAUAUGCAAGUGAUAGAGGAGGACGACCAGGAAACCAGCCGCAACAGUGGCCGUUUGACGAAGACGCAAACGACAAGGCCAAUCUCCCCUCGCUGCAAGCUCUUCUUCGUGGGGUGAUGCCCAAUGGUCCAUCACAGACACACCAGAGUGGGAAUUCAUCGUCCAAAGGCUUUGCAGAUGCACAGCGCAGAGCUGUCGAGGCGUAUUUUACUGUCUUUCACGACAUACUGCCAGUUAUCCAUGUACCGUCAUUCCAUACAUCCACCUCUCCAGACGUGCUCAAGGCAGCUAUGUCUUGUCUGGGUUCGAUAUUUGUUUCUGAAAAGAGCACCUUUAAAGAUGCAGUUCCAUUUUCUCAAGAAUAUCUACGGCAAGUUGCAGUACUGGCCGAUGUCCCGGAGUCCCAGGGAACUGCAUACCUCACAGCGAGCUGUCUUCACCAAAUAUUUUCCUUAGGGUCCGGCGACAGGCAACUGUACCAUCAUGCCGAUCGCUCUCGUAGCUUGCUUUUCAGCGGUCUUAGAAGCAUUGGCGUUAUGGGCAUGACUGGGAACAACGCUAAGUACGACUUGAAAGGGACCGACCCUGAAACUAUCCAUCAGUUGUGGCUAGAGUGGAUCGAAUCGGAGCACAAGAAGAGGUUGGUAUGGUCUUCCUUUGAGUACGACUGCAGUCUAUGCACUCUGACGAGCCGACGUGCCGCCGUGGACAUAUCCGAGCUACCCUCGUUUCUGCCAUGCUGUGACGCUCUCUGGAAGGCUCCCACGGCUCAAUCUUGGAGGGCGUUGAUGGUGAAGUUACCAGACGAAGCGAAAUCCGCGUCAACACAAGCCACGGUUCGGCGUGUGUUAUCUGGUCUUCCGCCGCUGCCAGAUUUACCGUUCUGGAGUCAACGUCUGUGCACACAAGUCAUUGGGAGACAGCUCUGGGAUAUCCGACAGGGAGAAAAAGCGUCCAUGGCCGACUGCUUUAUGCUUCCCUCGCUGCGCAAGGCCCAAAUCGAAACCAAGCAGCAUCUUCUUGCUGGCUUACAAAUUCUCACGGAGUGUACAAGUUCGCCUGCCGAUACAGUUGGCCUUGUUAAUAGCAACAUCAUCUCCCUGAUCCUGCAUUAUUCGCACUUGUACUGCAGUGGCGACACUUUGGAUUUAAUCAUCUACAUUUUUCGCACAUCUGCCUCUUCAUCGGGCGCCGACGCAUCAGUCGCAGUAGCUACACAGACACUCUACUCGCGCCUACAUCACAACCCGCAAGCGACUCGACGACUUGCAUGGCACGCAGCGCAAAUUGUGGCCGCCGCACAGGAAUACCUCGUCUCAGCACCCUGUGAAAUUCUUCGCAUUUUCAUGGGCUACAUAUUUCUCGUGGCGUUUGCAAGUCUUGGCCCUCACGCCUCGCUGCCUGGCUCCCCGACAUCGGUCAAUUUCCAUGUCUCGGAACACAAUUCGACGCCCUGCGAAACUGCCGAGCAAUGGAUCCAGCACGGUGGCCGUCUCACCGUCGGUGCACUGAUCGAUACACAGGCCGACGGAGAGUCGCUCAAGGCAGGCCUCACCAGCAUCAUGGGCAGGCUAGGCAACUGGGGCCUUUCUGAAAAAUUCAGCAAAAUUGUCAAUUCAUUCGACCUGGCCAUCCUUUCACCCGAUCAAUACAACGCCUAA